AUAGGCUGGCCUGUAUCACGUGACGCAGAAAGCUUUGCUCUCUCCCCGCCCCCCCCCCGUCUUCCUCCUGAAAACAAAACUCGACGCCGCGCGCCGCCGCUGCGUGCUUCUUCCGCAGCCGGUGGAGGGGAAGAUGGCGGCGUCCAGGAGCGUGGAAGAGAUGCGGAGCCGGGUGGUCCUGGGCGAGUUUGGCGUCCGCAACGUAAGUCAAAGAGCGGGAAAGGUGCCGGAGGAGCGACAGCCUCUGGUCCCGAAGUGGAGGCAGCUAAAGGGCUCAGUGUAGGGCUUCAUGGGGACUGAGAGGGAUACACGCGUCGAGAGCUGCGUGUUGCGUACGCGUGGCGCCAGUCUUUGGUGUGGACAGGCGUAGUUCCUGCUCAACGAGUCAUAUAUAUUUAUUUUAUUAUUUAUACCGUCUUUUUAAUGACUGGUGUCCAUUACAAAAUAAAAACCCAAUGCAAAAAUCCAACUAAAAUACUGUACUCGUACAGAAAACAUCUUUUGGUUGGCAUAUAUGAAGUGGCUUCAUUAAAAACAAAGUGAUGUGUUAGAGUUGAAGUGAUGUGUCUGAGAUGCUUGGGAAGUUUUGCCUGUUUUCCACAUGCAAGUCGACUUAUUGGGCAAUCGUUAGAUGACCAGUAACACACACGUGUGAAUUCUGCUCUCUCCCUUUGUGCUGCAGAUACCUACGUAAAGUGAAUAUCUGCCACUCGUUCUGCCCUUUGAACAUCUGAAUCUACCUUACAUUGAGUCAGACCCUUGGUCUGUCUAGCUUGGUAUCAUAUACUUUGACUGGCAGUGACUCUCCAGUGUUUCAGACAAGAGCCUUUCCUAGCUCUAGCUGGGGAUUAAGCCUGGAACCUUGUGGGUGCAAACUACAUGCUAUACCACUGAGCUGUGGUCUUUUCUUCUUCCAGGUCCACACAACAGACUUUCCUGGGAAUUACUCUGGAUAUGAUGAUGCCUGGGACAAGGAGAAGUUUGAAAAGGUGAGUACUUUUGGUGCUUAAGUAAAUGGGUUGUACAUCUUCCUAUUGGACACUCUAAAAUGCUGGUUUCCUUUAGGCCAGGGAUCCCCCCUCCAAUGGCCCUCCUGUGGCCGUCCAGAUGUUGUUUGACUCCAACUCCAUCAGCCCCAGCCAGCAUGGCCAAUAGUUAAGGAUGAUGGAAGUUGUAGUCCAUGCACAUCUGGAGAACCCCAGGUUUCCCACUUCUUAAUGGUUUUUCUUGUGCCUACUGAUGUCCUUCAUAGUGUUAUAAAUUUGGGGUGGGAGGAAGAAGGCUGUAUACGGCUCCCUUCUAACCCCUGGAUCCAGCAAGGUUAAAGUAUAAGCUGGGAUAGCUUCCUGUGUUGAGGUGAUAGCCAGUGUGAUGGGCCGUUAAAGGAAACAAAGGAAAGUGGAUCUGUGUGAGACAGCAAAUGGAUGCCCUCCUCCCUCAACUGACUGGUAACUAGAAAAAGACAAAAGCAAGAAUUGAGAGUUGGCAGUGAGGUGACAUAGAACUACAGCAGUGAGCUGGAGGGAGAGUCAUAACAACGUUUGAGAGCAAUGUUUGAUUUCUGAUUGAAUCAAAGUCUGCGGCUAUGGGAAAAACAAGACCCUCCAUUGGAGGCUCAGGUUGUAUAUAUGUGUAAAUAAACCAUAUAUUGGAAAGACGCCACAAUCUCCACUGUUCCUCAUUUUCAAAAGGAAACAUGAAUCCUGGGCAAGUAGCUAAACCCCUGGAAUCUUGCAUCACUCAGUGAUUGUGGGGGCAUGCAAAAAUAGCAACAUGUAGGGUUGUGGAAUAUCCUGUCUUUCUAGGUCAACCUUCUCCAACCUGAUCACAUCUAGAUGUUUGAGAUCAAAAAUCUCAUCACUCCAGCCAGCAUGGCCAGUGGUUAGGAAUGAUUUGUAGCUUUGUUCAGGCUGUAGUACUACUGUUCAUACAAGAAUUCAGAAAUGCUGUCAGCCUAGUUGGACACUAUGCAUCUGGGCUGUGGGUUUAAAGUGUGCUGCAGGAGGCUUUUCAAAGGUACACAAAUGAAAAAGUGCAUCUUAGUUUGAGGUUUGUUGAGAAUGAUGCUGCUGGUAGGCAAAUGACUCUCAGUCAGAGAUACAGGAGGCACCUUCAUUAUAAUGUCUCCAAUGGCAGUUAAAACAUGUUUAUUCACGCAAACAUUUCGCUCUGGUUCAAUUGCCCUUUGCCCAUUCUGUCAUUAAGUUUUUACGCUUAUGUGUCGUAUUGCACUGUUGUCAGUGGAGGGUGGUCUCUUAGAAGAAGUAUGGCACUGCCCUACCCAUCUCACCUAAACCUGAACCAGUCCUCACCUGCCUGCCUUCUUCCUUACAUCCAGUCCAGGGGGUGGCACUGGCCAUGAACCUCCUCCUGCUUGAUCUCUGUGUUCUUGUACGACUCAGGAGGGAGGUGGAUAGUAGCAAAGCUAAAAUUAGUUGGUUCUAUCUGACAUUGGCUGUGGUGUCACCUAAUGUUGGACUCCUUGCCUUCCACCCUACGGUUUCCAGUGAGCACCAGCCAUAGGUCCUUGGGUUGUGUGGGUUAUUUGCCACAUUUUAUUUCAUGCCAGUUAAGGCAUUUUUAUCACAUUAAGCCUACAAACAAUGUACAUUUUCAACACUUGUCCUUCUUGUCCCCAACAGAAUUUCAGAGUAGAUGUGACGCACAUGGAUGAAAGCACUCUGGAAUUUGACAUGGUGGGGAUUGAUGCUGCCAUUGCUAAUGCCUUCCGACGCAUCUUGCUUGCUGAGGUAUCAAUUUCUCUUCCCAAGCAACUAAUAAGACACUUGCAAGAUAAUCCUUUAGUUGAACAUUAUGGCCCAGGUUUGGCUGCUACUCCUUUCUGCAAGUACAAAAAGGCCAGAAUUGAGUUGUUUUAGAAUAUACAAUAAAUGUAUUUCAGAUUUCCCUGGAAAAUAUACAAAAAUAUGUUGGGGGGGGGAAUCUGUUGAGUAGGUUAGUUAAAGAGUAAUGUGGGCAAAAUGAGAUGGGAGGCCUUGAGAACCAUUUGAAAUAUAUAGAAACACUUCUGAACGUUGCAAUGUUUAAAAUAUACUUCUCUGUUGUGGAAAGCAAGCAGACAUUCAUGAAUUUCAGAUGCCAUUAGAAUCUAGAAAAACUGUUGUCUGGAACAGCAAGCUUGGUGCUGUGUAUAGAUUAUCUAAUCCUUUGGGGAUAAUUUGUAUAAAUCAGAUUUUUAGUGUUUUAUUGGAUAUGUCAGUGGCCAUUGGUGUUAGGCACUUUCAUAGAGCAUGGAUCAAGGAACAGCUCUUGGCCAAUGUGACUACACAAAACUUUCAAAUUCUUAUGACAGAAUUGUAGAGUUAUAAAUCUUAGUCCCCUGCAUUGCAUACUAACGAAUGAAUGGUAGCAUCCCUGCUUAUGAGAUUCUUGGCGGCACCUGGCUAGUCUUUGUUGCAAACAGACUAAUGGAGUAGAUAGGCCACUUGCUGAAUCACACAAGCUUAUUCUCAAAAUAAUACACCUUGGUAAUAUUUUAAACCAUCCUUGAGGAGUUUGCUAAUGGUGAGGUGUAGACAAACUUCCUGGCCCAGCGUCCUCAUCAAUGCACUAAACUGGUCCUCAUCUAUUAAUUUUACUUGAUUUCUUACCCACAUUUUACCAUAUGGUUCCAGGGCAGGUUAAAGCAAUUUAAAAUCCAAUAGUGAAGUUUUAAACAAACUUUCACUUUAUUUAUACACCACUUCAUUGUAAAAAAACCCCCUGCAAAACAGUUUACAAAAAGAUAAAACAACAAAACCGAGAAAAAACCACAGCCAUACUUUAAAACACACAAAGGUUAAAACAUGGAAACAGAUUAAAAUCAUCAUAGCUUCCUAAGCAUCUGGCUGGGCUUGUCUAAACCAGAAUAUUUUUAGCAGGCACUGGGAGUUCCAAAGUGCAGGGAACUUACACACACUAAAUAACCAAGUUAUUUCAAAAAGGUAUUACAUGGCAUCUGUAGUAGUUCCAAUUCUGCCAUUUGAAGGGGUCAAGUGGGCACAUGUGGGGUAAGGUGAUCCCAUAGGCAAACUGGUCCCAAGUUGUCCUCCUAGAAUGCCUGCAGCUGCCCCACCAUGGCCCUUUCCACCAGCUUCCCCCAAAAGGGGUAUUCUGGCUGAUCCUGUUCCAAUCCAAAGGGUCCAGAGCUAGCGUCUUUAGGAGCAGCCGCACCACGACCUCUUUCAAUGCAGGUAGGGCUGAAAUGAUCGCUGUAGCUCUUUAUUGAGGACUGCUGCUUUGAGAGGAAAUGUGUCUGGAUAUUGAUUUGAAAUGACCUUUUUUUACUCUUGCUUAGGUGCCAACCAUGGCCGUGGAGAAGGUCUUUGUGUACAAUAACACCUCCAUUGUGCAGGAUGAAAUUCUAGCUCAUCGUUUGGGACUGAUCCCUAUCUGUGCAGAUCCUCGUCUCUUUGAAUACAAGAGUGAAGGUGAGAAGAAUUUGUGGAAGAUCCCAUUGGCUACGACAGACUAGAAAUUAAAACAGUGGUGGCUAGUCUACAGGCUGCAUACAGCCCACUAAAAACCCCCCACAAUUUAUUUAUUUUUUACUGUUCCCUUCCCACCGUGAUAUUACAGUGCCAAAAGGAUUUUUGUAACCUUCUCUGCAAUUUGUCCAGUAAAAAAAUGUAUUAUUAUUUUAUUUUACUAACCCAUGACUCCACUGCUGUGAUUGCGUAAUACCAAAAGCUAUUUGUGCCCCAACAAAAUGUGUCUUUAAAAAAAGGCAUCCCUUAGAAGUCGGCCACACCCACUCUUAUACUUUGGCCACACCCACUUUGACUCCUGGCCUCCAGUGGCUGACUGUGGGUCAAUGCAAUGCUUGGCCUCCCAAAAGAUUAGCCAUCCCCUGCACCAGAAGAACCUGGGCAUCCAGUGGAAGCGGCAGUUGCUCAGGGUAACUUCAGUUUAUUCUUCCGUUCCUUUUGCAGAAGACGAAUGUGAUGAAAUUAACACUCUGCAAUUCCAGUUGAAAAUAAAGUGCCACAGGAAUCCUCAGGCAGCCAAGGAAUCGUCUGACCCUAACGAAUUGUAUAUCAACCAUAAAGGUAAAGCUGCUCCUUCUUCUGCUAUUAGUGUCAUGAGAGAGACAGUCCCCAGUCCCUUUGCUCGCUCACUCCUGAAGCUCUGAGAUGACAACACCAGAGCUUGCUAUGCAUUAUUAAUUGCUUUAUUCCUUCCCCAGCUUCCAGCCUAUUGUUUGUUUCCUUUUGUGGAGAAAGGAGUUAAGAGUUGAUUCAGUUGUCUGCCUUGUUACAGACGCAAGUCUUUUUUGGCCGUUUCUUUUUUCAGUUUACAGCAAGCACAUGGAAUGGGUGCCACUGGGCUCUCAGGCCGACAACAUGAAUGCCAAGUUCCGUCCUGUACAUGACGACAUCCUCAUUGCCCAGCUGCGGCCCGGCCAAGAGAUCGAUGUACUUAUGCACUGUGUCAAAGGAAUUGGUGAGGCAGCUGGAGAGCUGGGAUGGAGUUGGCAAACAUUUUGGAAAUGUGGGGCAUGGGACCACUGAGAUUUCUGGGUUUGGCUAGUAUUUGCUCCUUGGUGAUUUACAAGAUGUGUUUUGCUAGGAUCCUUUUUACAAGAGGAUAGGAUGUCUUUGGUUUGUUGGAAUGGGCAUUUUGGAUUGUUCAGUAGUUUGCCUUUGCUUUAAGGAGGAAACUUGUCUCUGGUCCAUGGUGAAACCUUGCAGUUCUCACCUCUUUGCAUUGCUAAAGAUCUGCCUGUGACCUUUGGGCUGUGUAAAGUACGGGCGGCAACCUUUUUGUGCAGGAGUUAGUUUCCUGGCUCGCGUCUGCCAUCGCACGUCAAUUGGAUGCACCUAAAAAGGUUGCUGCCUGAAUAACCAAAUAACAGUAUUUUGAGGAUGGUUGAAGAUGGCACACAUCCAUGGGAAUAGUAUCUACAUUGGCAGGACUGGCACUAUAGACUUCCAUUUUCAGAAGGUAAAAGACUAAAUUGUGUGGAACAGCCAAGGAAAAGCAUCCUAGAACUUAGGUUGACCAAUCUAAGAUUGUACAUAGCUUUGGAGGGAAAGUGGUGGUGCUUUUUGUGUCUAGGAAUGUGACAUGUUAAUCAGCCUUGUUACUAGUUUGACAUGCCAGGUAUAAAUUUGAAUCAAUCUGGAUUAGCAUAGGUACAGUGGACCCUUGGUUCUUGAACGGCUUGGUUGACAAACAGAUCUGCUCCCGAACACCAAAAACCUGGAAGUAAGUGUUCUGGUUUUCGAAUGUUUUUUGGAUGCCAAACGUCUGAUGCGGCUUCCGCUUGAGUACAGGAAGCUCCUGCAGCCAAUCGGAAGCCACGCCUUGGUUUUCAAACAGUUUUGAGAAUCGAACAGACUCCUGGAAUGGAUCAAGUUCGAGAACCAAGGUACCACUGUACUGGAAACUCAAAUUAGUUAGCAAGGGUUUUCCUAGCUUAAAAGAUACUGAUGGGUUUAUGUAACUGGGUGCUGUGAACAUUCUGUGCCUGAUGCUGAAGGGUGGCGGUCUUUCAAAAAGAGUCCACCCGUCUACCCUCUACCAAUCCAGAGAUUGGGUGACUCUCUGGAGCAGAUUUUAGGGGGCACCUGCCUGAGCUACUGCAGUGGGAGAGGAGAAACUGAAAGCCCUGUUGCACAAGUGAAUGGAUAUUAAAGCAUGUCUCUGCAGCUAAUGAAAGUCUGUAUGUGUGUGGUCCAUCAUGAGGCAACAGAAAUAGAUUCUUUCUGUUUCGAAUUACAAAUGACCUGAUUUCUAACCAGUUUCGGGUAGUGCAGGUAAUUUGAAUUAUUAACCACCAAGGAACUGGUUGUGCAUAUAAGUUUAGGUGGCUGAUUAAAUAAAAACAGCAGUUCUAGGUUUCUCACCAACUGUCCCUCUCCAAUUUUUUAUUUAAUGAACACUCUCUUUACUCAGGUAAAGACCAUGCAAAGUUUUCUCCAGUGGCUACAGCAAGUUACCGGCUAUUGCCUGAAAUCACUCUACUACAGCCUAUCGAAGGAGAAGCAGCUGAGAGGCUGAAGAACUGCUUUUCUGCUGGGGUUAUUGAGGUCCAGGAAAUCAAAGGUAUUUUGUACCUCCUCCCCUUUGAGGACUCUGUGACCCUCCAGAAGCUGUUAAGACUGUAGCUCCCAUCAUCUCUGACUUUGCCAUGCUGACUGGGACUGAUGAGAGAGACUUGGCAUCCAACAGUUUCUGGAGGGCCAAUUUCUAUCCUAGACUGCAAAAACCAGAGGCUAUGUUUACUGAGAUGAGAAAACCAGAAAGGCUGAUACCCCAUCUCUAUACCAAGUCUGGGUAAAUGUGUAUUCUUCUGAGGUCUCAUUUCUGGCCUACAGCACCUUGCCCCCCAGGUAUUUUGUCGAGUGUGGUUUGUAGAAAUUGAAAACUUGGGGCUACGAUUCUUUCCUUCUGCUUGUUGUCUGCACAAUGUUUCAGGGAUCCUAUCCUAUCUGACCAUCAACAUGCCAGGAUAACUUUAGCUUGUGAAAACUCUCUUUGAGGUCUUGGUGAGUUCCUUAAAAUAAUAAUAUGAUUUAUGCACACAUACUUGGGGAGUAAAAUUCCCUUGAGGCCUGUUGUUAUGCAUAAUAAGAUUAAACUGUAAUUGCCCUCUGGCUAGCCUGGAAAAUGCCACCUUUGGCCCCACUGCUCUGGCCUUGAGGAAAUUCUUUGAAACUGUUUCCAUUACAAUAUAUGCCCCUUGUCUUUGGGAUGCGGAAAGGGUCGUAAUUCAGCAGUAGAGAGGGAAGGUUCAGCAAACACAUUAGCAUGCCUGUUUAGCAUAUUAAGUGUUGGUCUGUUUCUCUAGGGCAAAAAGUGGCAAGAGUGGCUAACGCUCGCUUGGACACAUUCAGUAGAGAAAUUUUUCGUCACAAUGACCUGAAAAACCUUGUGCGCUUGGCUCGGGUGCGAGAUCACUACAUCUGUGAGUAAGCCUUCAAAUGCUUCUGUCGCUGCCCCUUUCUCUGACAUUUUACUAUAUGUAGUAACUGGGUGGUAGUCAUGCGUCUAAGGGACCUCAAGUAGUUUUCUAUGCUUUUACCAUAGUUCUAUAUAAAAUCUGUUUAUGUAUGUACUGAUGUGAAACAAAGUUAGCAAUCAUUUUAGCUGAGUAAGGCUUCAACCUAAUUUCUACUUACCUGAGAGUAAGUCAUAAAUAUGAGUUAUUUCUAAAUAGUCAGGAUUGCAGAUUUAGCACCAGAUUUCAGGCUUCAAACGUUUAAGCUUACCCCUCAACCGUGCUUAAAAAUCUAAAAACAGUUCAGUGUUGUUGAUGGUUACAUGGUUGAUGGUUACAAAAACAAAGAUUUUCAAAGAGCAGAAAUAUCCUCUCAUCCCACCACCCCCAUUGGAUGUUAAGACUGUUCUGAAUUUUUAGGGUUAUUAACAAGAGCAUAAGACCACAAAGUGCAUUGAAGCAUUAUGUUGCCAAUUGAGUUGCCUUGCCUGGAGCAUGUUUUGGGGUGGGUUUUUUUUUCUUUUUUGGUAUUUUCAGUUAUUAAACUGGCUACCUUGGAUCUAAUUCUAUCCCGUUUCUUCAGUUUCUGUUGAGUCAACAGGUGUCUUGCCUCCAGAUGUGCUGAUGAGUGAAGCAAUCAAGGUAUUGAUAGGAAAGUGUCAGCAGUUCCUAGAGGAGCUUAAAUUCAUCCAAAAGAAAUAAGUUUUUCUUUUUGAAAAGUUCAGCAUAAGGAUUCACUUGGUUGGGAUCGCUGCAGCUGUGUCAUGAAGGAGGGUGUCAACCAAGUCUGGGUCAAUAGACAAGGAGAAACGGACCCUCUACCACAGAUGUGAAAGACUGAAGCAAGUGGCUGUGUACCUUUUACUUUUGUGGCUGAAAAGGCAGGGAUAUGUGAUGCCACUAUGCAGCUUAUUGUAAAGACCAAAUUUGCCAGAUAUAUCAUGAGUGGAUAAAAAAUAGCCUGCAAGCAGAAGAUGGGUAGACUCCAGCAAUUGUAGUAUCUUCUAAGUUGCUUUUUUAAAGACUACAUCAGACCUGUAACAGGACCGCCUUUUCUGAGAAUUGCCAUUAUUAACUUUCCACUGAUGUAUAUUGAUGGAUAAUCUCAAAGGUGCUACACAGUAAGGUCUAAUGCCUAUGAUGAUUCUUCUGCCACUCAAAUAGCAGAAUUCUAAAAAAUAUGGUGUCAUUGAGCUUCUCUAUUAUUUAUUAAAUAAUUUUUGAGGCCUCAACUGCCUAUGGAGUAAGCUGAUUUUUUUAUCUUCUGCUUUAUUUUAAUACAUGAACGGAGGUGCAGUUGGGCUGAUUAUUGAUCUAAUAGCUUAUAUGUAGCUUGGCAAUUUCAACUGUUGAGGAGUGUGAUAAACUAUCUGCUUAAGGGACUGAUCUUUACCCCGUAUUCAGAAUGAAUAGCCAAGAUAAUUUUAGCAAUGAACUUUACCUUUGAACAUUUAGACUAAAUAACUUUUGUGAGCUUUCCAGCUGCAAAUGUAAUCUUGCAGCUUUUGACCUAUAAAAGUUUUGCCAUAGUAAAAAAGCUGCUGUAAAACUCAAACAUGAGAAGAGUUGCUAACUGCAAAUUAGUGAGAAUAAACCCAGGACCAAGAAUUUAUGUAUAAAACUGAAAGAGCUUUAUUGACAUUCAGAGGUGUAUCACAAUUGAUUGGAGACAUCUUUAGAUACAACAUCCCUACCAAAACCCCUUAACAUUAUUAUUAUUUUUUCUAUUAUGGCCACAGAAAAUUAAAAAUAUACUCAUGACACAAUAAAUACAGUUAGGCUAGACUUCAACGCUAUUUGUCGUGGCAGUUUUGUUUUAAUAAAAGUUACACUGAGAUCAAGACUUUAAGAGGGUAAACGGAAGUUGGAGUAGAUUUGGGGGUACUAGUGAGGAUCUGAACACCAGCUUAAGGCCUGCUUCCUUCACACUUUUCUGUUAAUGUGACCAGAUCUAUGCACUGCAAAGCCACUUAAAAACAUACCGGUACUUCUCUCCAAUGAACGUUCUUUUGCAUCUCCAGCUAAACUACUGCGGCAGUUGUUAAGCAAAGACCAAAUUAGUGCUGAAGAUUUAAACUUAAAGCUGGCUAGGAAUCCUAUGUUAAACAAGCAAACCCAAACCUACUUUAAGGUCCUAUUUGGAGGCAUUUUGAACCAUCAGGCACUGCAGAGAAUAAUCCAGAACUCUGCUGCUGCACCCCCAAAUGUAGCAUUUCAUCCUAGUUGUUCUUUCAGACCAGCACAAAGUAUCCCUGGGCUAUUGUCGUCUACAGUACUCGGGCGUCUGACAGCAAAGACCAGAGUUCAAGCUAGGAUACGAUUUUGAUAAUGUUCUUAGGCCAAACGAGGACCGAUAGUUCACUUCAGGCUUCCUGAGGUACGGCUGAGCCAAACUGACAGUAAAAGAGACUUCAGUUCCUGAACUGUCUCCGGUUUGAUGGGAUAUAUGGCAGAGUGCUGCUUCUCUAGAGAAACAUGAAGUCAGCCGAGACUUGGCAGGUUCAGCAGUGCUCAGUGUGCAGACUUGGGUUAACUUGGAAGAGCUGGGCCUUUCCAAAGGGAAGCAGACGAGUCCUCUGGUAGUGCCAUAUUGAGGCAGCCACAGUGCAGGGAUCCUGAUUGAAGACAUAGUAGAGAUCUGGCAGCAUGCUGCCUUCGCUGGAAAAGCAUUGUGUGCCCAUGUGAAAGUUAGUUCCGACAGAACUGGUCCACUGAUUGAUAGGGCUGAAUGGCUAGGCUCCAUCCAAGGAAAAUGAGGUUGUGCAAUAAAGCUGCAAAUGGAAAUAGGGAAAUCCAACAGGUUUUGUGUAGUAGAUGGGAUGGGACAAACUCAGUCCUCCAGCCUCCGAAGCAGAAAGAGCUGAGUCCUCCAGCCUCCGAAGCAGAAAGAGCUGGGGGGCCAGUGAGAGAGCUGAAUCCAAACACAGGGGGAAGAGUAGACAAAGUAGGCAAAUGGCUACUGUGAAAGAACACAGAAUAGAAAAGGGGGUAGUGAAAGUGUCCUGAGCUUCUAUUGCUCAAAGAGCGCAAUGAGGGUUCCAUCUUCAUUUUCCAAUGGAUUUGUAUCUAGGGGUGCCUUCACCUUCUUGAAAAGAGAGGGAAGGUUUCUGAUAUGAACUUCCUUCCUAAAUUGCUCUCCAAGGGGCUUC